AUGCUGUCAGAAUAUUUGACGCAUGUAGGUCGUAUUAACGUUUAUUUGGACCCAAACACCACGCCGCACCCAAAGCGGGUGGGUGAUGUUCCGUGUUCACUUCCUCUGGCCCUUAGCAAGAACGAGCCGGUCGUCGCCGUUCAGCGUGAUGACACUCUACAAGUAGUGAUCCGUUGCUCUCCUCGUAUCCAGAAUUUUGAUAUUGUCGUUCCUUUAAAAGCUCUUGAUUUCGACUCCCACCUCAAACAGGUCGUCCAAUGUAGGUACUGCUCCGCUGAGCUCGCGACCUUUUUUUCCUGUCGAGACUUGCCAUCGGCUAAUUGGCAAGAAUUAAUGGAUUGCUGGGCCUGCCAUGUGGAUUUUCCUGCUACUUUGGCUAAGAACGGUGGUAUGCCUUCUUUUACGCCUACUCAAGAUAUGUCCUAUUCGGGUAUCUCUUUUCUUCUUUUGCAUCCAAAUUCAUUGGAAAAUCCACAGUCUUACCAAAGUAACUCCCCUUUGUAUCACUGUUCGUCCUGCCAAGCUGCUCUUGGCGUUCAAGAUGAGCAAGAUGUUUGUGAAAGCGUCCGUCUGGAUAAGUCUUGUAUUAUGAUUAAUGGUACUCGUAUUCAUCCUUCUUAUGUCGUUACCUCUGAAUUAUUAACACUUCGCGAAUUGAACGCAGUCCACAAAUUUUGUCUCACUGAUCAGCGUAAUACACUUUUCGUUUGGUGCUUCACUCCAUAUCUACCAGUUACCUUCUUUAACAAUCCAAAAUUAACUGCUUCUUUUCAACAGUCACCUGUCAUUACAGUCAAAACACUCUAUACCUAUGAUCCACCCGAAAACUCGCAGGCUGACGACUGGCAGGAUAUAACGUUGGUUCCUUCUGUUUUUCAGGAAAUAAAAGAUUUAUUAGAGCUUACAACAAGCAGUUUUCCUUCUUCCGCUCAAAAGUUUCAGUUCUGGUAUGUUGGUUUGCUCCCACGGUUAUGA